AUGUCUCUGAGAAGAUGGAAGGAAAGCAGAAAGUCCUUGAAGGCAAUGACCCGCAAAGGCAGCCUCGCUAGGUCACCCCGUCAGCCAGAGCCCCCAAGCAUGGAGACCGAGUCCAGACGAGAAGAACUGUUUGGAGCAGUCGUUAAAGGAGAUGAAGAGAUGGUGGCUAGACUACUAGAGAACAGACUGGUUGAUGUUAAUACAACAGACAGCAAUCAUCUUACAGCUCUACAUUAUGCUGCUAUGCAUGCUAGACCCAAUCUCAUCCGUCUACUGAUACAGCAUGGAGCUGAUGUGGAUGCCUAUGAUACAAAGGGUGGAUUUGCACCGAUACAUUGGGUCGUCAUCAACUCUCAUCCUGGGAUGUCCGAGGAGGAAAGAGUCGACGAGUGUCUGGUUGAGCUAGUCAAAGGAGGCUGCAACGUGAACAGUAAAGACUUCAAUCAAGCGACGCCGUUACACUUUGCAGCAAGAACAGAUAACAAAGCAGUAGUUGAUUCAUUAAUGAGACUAGGAGCUGAUCCUAACGACACUGACAUGCUGGGAAGAACUUGUGCAUCAGUGGCUAAAUCAGCAGAAACAAAAAUCCUCAUCAUAAAACUAGCAGACCUACGAGCUAGAGCAAUCUAUCAUGUACUGGAUACUCUGUAA